UCUGAGGGCUAGAGCUGGUCACAGCAAGGGCCUCUCAGAGACUACAGUUAGCCGAAAGAACAGCACACACUGCACUGAAGCUGGGAUCUGAUACACACAGAGGCACUGCCGUCUGCUCCUUCUGCCGAAUUCAAGCUGAACCAAAAUGGGCAGCUUUCCCUUCAACUGAUCACUGAGAGGAUGUCUGUAUGUCUUCUGGAACUGACUUGGGAUCAGUUGCCAUUUUCCUCAUAGUACAAAGACUGAAGAAGAAGAAAAAAUUGUUGACUCUUUGAAACCAAAGAUGGAGGAGGGAUAUGAACUUGACCUGACCUACGUGACGGAGCGCAUCAUUGCUGUAUCCUUCCCCCAGGCCUGCACAGAGGAGACCUACCUGAACAAUCUCAAGGAUGUCACUCGCAUGCUCAAGUCCAAACAUGCCGAUAACUAUUUGGUGAUCAACUUGUCAGAGAAGAGAGAUGACCUGACCAAGAUGAACCCCAAGACUCUGGAUACGGGCUGGCCGGACCUGCACGCUCCACAGCUGGAUAAGAUCUGCACCAUCUGUAAGACCAUGGAGAGCUGGCUGCACACGGACCCCCAGCACGUCGUUGUCAUCCACUGCAGGGGAGGGAAAGGCAGGAUCGGCGUGGUCAUCUCUUCCUUUGUUUAUUUCACGGACAUCUCUGCCAGUGCAGACCAGGCUCUGGAUCGCUUCGCCAUGCGGAAGUUUUAUGAUGACAAGGUCUCUUCACUGAUGACACCCUCCCAGAAAAGAUACGUGUGGAUCUUGAGCAGUCUCCUGAGUGGCUCCAUGAAGAUGAACACCUCCCCUCUCUUCCUCCAUUGCAUGCUCCUCCACGGCAUCCCAAACUUCGACAACUCUGGCGUGUGUCGCCCCUACGUGAAGGUGUACCAGGGAGUGCAGGUGGUGUACUCGUCAGGAGUGUAUACUAUUGGACCUGGGCACAGACACAGGGUCUGCAUAGUCUUGGAGCCAGCUCAGCUACUGAAGGGAGACAUAAUGGUAAAGUGUUACCAUAAAAGGAGUCCCUCUCAGCAAGAGGUCAUCUUCAGACUACAGUUCCACACGGGCGCUGUGCAGAACUACAGCCUCAUGUUUGAGAAAGAGGACAUGGAACAUGCCAACAAAGAUCCCAGAUUUCCGGAUUACGGCAAAGUGGAGCUGGUGUUCUCGGAGGGCCCAGAGCGGAUCCAGGGUGCAGAGCACUGGCAGAACGGUGCUGAUGUCUCUGUGGACUAUAGUGCCACAGGCUCCCUGACCAGAUGGGACUCCUACCAGGACCUCUGCAAUGGUGAAGCUCCUUCCCUGCAGUCACAGGUCACGACCCUGGACAAAUUCUCCCCUAAGCGAAACCAGGGCAGCAGCCUCACCCUGGGCAGGAUCACCCGCACCACCUCCGUCACCUCCAGCCCCGAGCACAGUGACCACGCCCUGUCUGCCAGCAGUGACUCGGGCCUCUCCAGCGCCUCCCUGUGGACGGAGCGCACUGCUGCCACAGCCAGCAGGCCGGCAGGACCCAGCCCACAGGAGAAGGCCGAGCUGAACGUCCUUCUGAGUGGCUUCGGCCUGGAUGAGCUCCGGGUGGACGACGGCAUGGAGCAGACCUCGACCCCUCAGGGAGCGCUCCGGCGCCUGCCGCAGGCGCACCUCAAUGGCAGCUCCCGACCCAAAGAGCGCGAGACGGACAUCCUGGACGAUGAGGUGUUGAUGUCGGGUCAUGAUAUGCGCAGUGCUGACAGCCUGGGCACGCUCUCGUCCUCAUGCCACCAGAGCAGCCAGAACUCGCUGCUCUCCGACGGCGCGGGCGACGACGCCCCCCAUCACGCCCCGACUGCCUCAGAGGAAUACGAGCGGGCCCGGAAUGGCCUGGUCAAGAGGACUGCCUCCCUUCCCACCACCGAAACCAGCUGCACCCCCAUCAGGGGGCAACAGUUCCAGCAGGGCGGCUACUCCACCCAGACGUGGGUGCAGCAGCAGCAGAUGGUGGCAGCCCCGCAUUACUCCUACCUGCCUGAGGAGGGUGGAGUUGGGGAGGGGAGCUGCUACCUCACUGACAAGCAAGUGGUCACCCCCAAAACAACCAACAGCGAGAGACUCACUGCUGCUCCAAACCCAGAGGUGUCACCGAGCCAGGAGAGUGAAAGAAGUCGGGAUGAAGAGUUUAACUCACUCACGGUGGACAUCGACAACUCCAUCGACCAGCUCAACCGGCUCAUCUUGGACUUGGACCCCACAUUCGUGCCCAUCCCCACACGGAGCAACUCGGUUAAGAGACACGGAGGAUCAGUGACCCCAGCCUGUAGCAACGGUGUCCUGACAGUCACGCUCGGUGAAAGCAGCAGAAACCAGCAGCAAGCUGUCCAACCUGAGAAGAAUAAACAGGGCACAGAGGUGCAUGAGCACUCCCCACCCUGUGGACGCGCAGCCUGGGAACUGGAGCAGGAGUUUGGGAACAGAGUGAGAUAUCCACACAGCAUACCCACAGCACAGCAGGCUCCUGUGUACAGACCUGACAGUGUGGAGUACAGGCAGCCCAGUGCUGGGCUGGACACUGGAGCAGAUCCAGACAUCGACCCGGUUUCCACACCAGCCUUCCCCAACUCCCCACCCACUCCUUAUGUGAAGACCAUGCCAGACCUGCCACAUUUUGCACAAAUUCCAUCUCCCAGCAUGCCUGUGUUUGGCGUCUAUAGGACAGAGAACGCGCGGAGUUCAUGUGUGGUGGUUUUGAUUUCAGAAAUGAGAGCUUAUGCAGACAUUAUGGGUCAUGAUGAGAUCACGGCAAAGACUUCCCAGAGAAUCUUCACUCACUCCAACACCACAGCAGGAUUCAUGAGCCUCGCCAACAGCCCCGCCCAGUCUUCCUGCCCAGAGGGGGCGCUGUUGCCUCGCCACUCCUUCGUCAAAGCCCAGCAUUCUGGAGCUGUGGACUUCAGCCAGAGGUCUCCUCCAUCCAACCACACACACACCCACAGCCACCCGGCCCCAGCUCCCGGUGCUCAUGGCUCCCCCCGGGGUGACCAGGGGACCAGGGUGGUGCGGUAUGGAUUCAGCCACAGCCCCCCACAGGACUUUGACGAGCCGGAAGGUUUCUGCCGGCCACCCGGGCCCCCAGGGCUCCCAGGGCUCCUGCUGGAGCCGGACGUCCCGAUCUUCCAGCUGCAGCAGCCCCCGCUGCCAGAGAAGAGGCGAGCCUCUGACUGUGAUCAUUCCAUAGGCUCCGCCUCCCCUGCACCCAGUGGCUUCUCCAGCCCUCACAGUGGCAGCUCGCUGAGCAUCCCGUUCCCCAGCGUGCUGCCUGUGCUGCAGGGCAGGGUCGCUGCGGUCAGCCCACCCUCCCUGCUACCAGAUGGACUGGCGAGUAAGCAGGUAACAGUAAAGUUUGUCCAAGAUACUUCAAAAUACUGGUACAAGCCCGACAUAGCAAGAGAUCAAGCCAUCGCCGUGCUGAAGGACAAAGAGCCUGGCUCGUUCAUCGUGCGUGACAGCCACUCCUUCAAAGGUGCCUACGGAUUGGCCAUGAAGGUGGCCACACCCCCUUCCUCAGUCCUACAGCAGAGCAAGAAAGCCUUCAAUGGAGACUUGUCCAACGAGCUUGUACGUCAUUUCCUCAUUGAGUGUACUCCAAAAGGAGUCCGGCUAAAGGGGUGUCCCAAUGAGCACUACUUUGGUAGCCUGACAGCACUCGUCUACCAGCACUCCAUCACACCACUGGCUCUGCCAUGCAAACUCCUCAUUCCAGACAAUGAUCCUCUAGAGGACGCGGUUGAGGCGGCCUUGCAGUCUGUCAGCAACUCGGCAUCUGAACUCUUGAAGCAGGGAGCAGCCUGUAACGUGUGGUUCCUGGGCUCCGUGGAAAUGGAGUCUCUGACGGGCUGCCAGGCCGUGCAGAAGGCCACCACGGACAUCAUAAAGAUGGAGCCUCCAGUGACCUCCACCGUAGUGCACUUCAAAGUGUCCUCCCAGGGCAUCACACUCACAGACAACCAGAGGAAGAUCUUCUUCAGGAGACACUAUGCUGUCAGCACGGUCAUAUUUUGCGCCCUGGACCCACAGGACAGAAAAUGGAGGAGAGAUGCAUACUCUUCAGCUAAGAUCUUUGGAUUCGUAGCCAGGAAGGUGGGCAGCGCCAUGGAUAACGUGUGCCACGUGUUCGCCGAGCACGAUCCGGAGCAACCUGCCAGUGCCAUCGUCAACUUCGUCUCCAAGGUGAUGAUCGGGUCACAGAAAACCACCUGAUGCCCACAGCCCAAUGGACCCUCGUGUGCCAUCGCACGUUACUGUGUAGGCGCCACCUAGCUGCUGUCCUAUAAUGACAUUACUCUGCAUGUCAUAUGAACACAAAAGCUGAGCUGCGUGUUCAUAAUAGAGAAAUAAAAAGACUCCAAUCUGAGAAGCUGAGGAAGAGAGGAGAGAGGACCUUCCACUGAGGCGGGCUGGUUUUUUUUGUUUUUUAAGCAAACUCAGCUAUAAAGAGGAAUUUUAUGGGUUUUGUAUAUUGUAAAUGUAUGCAUUGGUAUGUAACCAAACUGUAUUUAUUGUCUAUUUUUACAGACUAUUCAAAACUAUAUCUUUUCAUUAUCUAAACAUUUUGCUUGGAAAAAUGAAUAUGCUUUUUUUCUAAGAGGGCAAUUUAUUGCUUCAGUUAAACAUUCUCUAAUUUGUUGAUCUUUACUACUGAACAUCUACAGAUGAACACACUUAUAGCUAGGCCAGUUCUCAAAGACCUACCUAGAAUAUACCAAGACCAACAAGCAGCCUUACCACGCUGGCUAAGGUUCUUUAAUAUGUACCUGGUAGGGUAGGGUUUUGAUCACAGAAUUACAUUUGGUUUUGUUGUAUUUUGUUUGUGUGUGUGUGUGUGUGUGUGUGUGUGUGUGUGUGUGUGUGUGUGUGUGUGUAUAUAUACAGUGGGGAAAAUAAUUAAUGAUUUGAUCCCCAGCUGUUUUUGUAAGUUUACCCCCUUACAAAGACAUGAACAGUCUAUAAUUUUCAUGGUAGGUUUAUUUUAACAGACAGAGACAGAAUAUCAACAAAGAAAUUCAAAAUAAAAACACAAUAAAGGUUAUAAAUUAAUUUGUAUUUGAUUAAGUGAAAUAAGUAUUUGAUCCCCUACCAAUCAGCAAGAAAUCUGACCCCCAUAUACUGGUUAAAUUAGUCCUGUCUUUCCCAUUCCAACCUCUCGA